UGGCAUCCAAAUGUUUGGUGAUGAAGGCGGAACUGACUUACAGCAACAAGUCUGGGAGGAGGCUGAAACCCGAGGGGGCCAUACAGAACAACGAUGGCAUGUACAACCCUGAAUGUGACGAGCUGGGCCUCUUCAAAGCCAAGCAGUGCAAUGGCACCGCCACCUGCUGGUGUGUGAACACUGCCGGUGUCCGGAGAACCGACAAAGACACGGAAAUAACCUGCUCCGAGCGAGUGAGGACCUACUGGAUCAUCAUCGAAAUAAAACACAAAGAAAGAGAAAGCCCUUACAACCUUCAGAAUUUGAAGACUGCACUUGAGGAGGUGUUCAUGUCUCGAUACAAACUGAAUCAGAAAUUUAUCAAAAAUAUUCUGUAUGAGAACAAUGUUAUCACUAUUGAUCUGAUGCAAAACUCUUCUCAGAAAACUCAAGAUGAUGUGGACAUAGCUGAUGUGGCUUACUAUUUUGAAAAAGAUGUGAAAGGGGAAUCCUUGUUCCAUCAUUCUAAGAAAAUGGACCUGAGAGUAAAUGGAGAACAACUUGAUCUGGACCCUGGCCAGACCCUGAUUUACUAUGUUGAUGAAAAAGCCCCGGAGUUCUCAAUGCAGGGACUCAAAGCCGGCAUCAUUGCUGUUAUUGUGGUAGUGGUGUUAGCAAUCAUCGCGGGGGUAGUUGUGCUGGUUAUGUCUACAAGGAAGAGAUCAGCGAAGUAUGAGAAGGCUGAGAUAAAGGAGAUGGGUGAGAUACACAGAGAACUCAAUGCCUAACAACAGCUCUGCUUUUUGAGAAUGGAACCACCAGAAGGGGGAUUGGCAAAGGAACGCAGAUUAAAAACGUAUAAGUAUGGGACAAGAUGAAGACCUCAAAAGGGUUACUGUUUUGUUAACAUCCUAAAUUUUUAAUUGUGAAAAUUACUCACAAAUAUAAGCAGCUUGACACUGGCAUUACCAAUCUGUAAAUUAGACAAAUGUCUUAUGUGUGCAGGUCUGGUGUGGAACUCAGAAUUUAGCCUGCAUAGUUAAUAAUUUAUGCUGAAUACUGAAGUGUGUAUGUCACAAACAUCCCACAGUAGAAUACGGUGACUAGUCUCAUUUUCUGAUUUAAAGCUGCCUUUCUAUAUACCCAAGUCUUGUACAUAAAACUUUUUUUUAAUGAAAUAAACAUUUUUAAAAUGAA